AUGAGCAACGUGGAAAACAAAGACGUCGAAGAUGAGAGAACAUUUGAAGGUGACCUUACGCGGCGGCAGUGUUUGAAUACCGUCCAAGCAGAAAAUGUUAUACCGCAAGAAAUCAUGAAAGUUGGAGUACGUGUUCCACCUUUUUGGCCUGACGAGCCCGAGAUUUGGUUUGCGCAAGUGGAAGGUCAGUUCGCGAUAUCAGGAAUUACUAGCGACUCGACCAAAUUUAAUUAUGUUAUAGGGCAACUAGACAACCAGUACUCAGUGGAAGUUAAGGACAUAAUUAUUAACCCACCAGCGAUGAAUAAAUACGACAAGCUAAAAAGUGAGUUAGUCAAAAGAUUGAGUGCGUCCAAGGAAAAAAAGCUCACUCAGUUACUGAUGCAUGAGGAAAUGGGGGAUAGAAAGCCGUCUCAGUUCCUCAGACACCUCAAAGGCCUCGCUGGCGUUCAAGUCUCCGAAGAGUUCAUGAAAACUAUGUGGAUUAGCCGUCUACCAAUUAGUAUCCAAACUUUUCUGGCAGGUCAACCGUUUGCUUCGAUUGAUAAUCUAGCCGACAUUGCUGACAGAAUCCAUGACAUUGUGCCCUCAGCACCCCAGAUAGCGUCCACAAGCCAAGCUCAUUUCGGUGGAACGAAUGACAUUGAUCUUGCCAAAGAAGUCAUCGCUCUCAGAAAACAAGUCGAAGCGCUUACACUUACCCAAAGGAACAGCAGAUCACGAUCACGCUCUAGACUACGGCAACAAAGCAGACAAAUGCGUCCGACCAUGCGAUUUCAAGUCGGAAAACCCCAAGGGCAAUCGGUAAUAUCGACCGACGAUUGCCCCACGUCUACUGGUCGCUUAUUCAUCACUGACCGCGCCUCGAAGACCCAGUUUUUGGUCGACACUGGAAGCGACCUCUGCGUCUUCCCACGGUCGCUGCUACGAGAACGUCGUGCCCGGACCACAUAUCAGCUAAGUGCAGCAAAUGGUUCAUGUAUUAACACUUAUGGUUAUGUGUAUUUAAAUUUAGACUUUGGUUUACGUCGAAUAUUUUCGUGGCGUUUCGUAGUUGCAGAUGUAACUAAGGCUAUCAUAGGUGUAGAUUUUUUAAAUCACUAUAACAUUAUUGUAGAUUGUCGAAAUAAAUGUAUAGUUGAUAAUACCACGUGUGUAACAGCCACUGCCUCACGAGUUACAUUUAAUAAUAUUUUAUCAAUAAAGAUCUUAACUGAGGAGACAAAAUACCAUAAAAUAUUGGCAGAAUUUCCCGAGAUCACUCGACCAGCAGGUAUGCACCGCACCACACCACACAACACUGUACACCAUAUCCGCACGACACCAGGUCCACCAGUAUCUUGCACACCACGUCGCCUCGCUCCAGAUAGACUUAAAAUUGCUCGACAGGAAUUUCAAUCUAUGCUCGAUAACGGAAUAGUCAGACCAUCGGAAAGCCCGUGGUCUUCACCACUACAUUUAGUCCCUAAAAAAGAUAAUGGCUGGCGUCCCUGCGGAGACUAUAGAAUGUUGAAUGCCCGUACUAUACCCGAUAGGUAUCCAAUUAGGCAUAUUCAGGACUUCGCACACAGUAUUUCAGGCUGUACCAUCUUUAGUACACUUGACCUUGUCAGGGCCUAUAACCAAAUACCGGUCCAUCCUGACGACAUUCCAAAAACCGCAGUAACAACACCUUUCGGCCUGUUUGAAUUUGCUUUCAUGAAUUACGGUUUGAAAAACGCGAGCCAAACGUUCCAGAGGUUCGUAGACGAAAUGACUCGGGAGUUAGACUUUUGUUAUUGCUACUUAGAUGAUUUUCUAAUAUUUUCAAAGGAUGAGGCUCAACAUGAAGUACAUUUACGUAAAAUAUUUAGCAUACUUAAGGGAUAUGGCAUGUUAAUAAACACGUCUAAGUGCGUUUUCGGUGCCCGAGAAAUAUCUUUUUUAGGAUAUAGCAUCUCGGCGUCAGGCACCAAACCACUUGACUCGAAAAUCGAAGCCAUUAAAAAAUUUCCAUUGCCUACUGACGUACGUCAGCUACGACGUUUCUUAGGCAUGAUCAAUUUUUACAGGCGCUUCUUGCCACGUAUGGCAGAAAAGCAAGCGCCACUUAACAAUUUAUUAAAAGGCGUGUUGAAAAAUAAACAGCCAAUCAUUUUAUCAGGCGAAUCUUUAAAGGCUUUCGAAGCCUGCAAAGAAAGUCUUUCUGACGCUGCAUUGAUAGCGCAUCCCGAUUGCCAGGCAAAACUCGCUCUUGUCACAGACGCUUCGGACAAGGCAAUAGGAGCUGUAUUACAACAGCUGAAAGACGACGCGUGGCAGCCCUUAGCUUUUUUCUCACGCAAACUUAGCACGUCUCAAAAAAAAUAUUCACCUUAUGACAGGGAGCUUCUGGCAAUAUAUGAGGCAAUCAAAUAUUUUCGCCACAUGCUGGAAGCUAGAAAUUUUAUAGUGUACACUGACCAUAAGCCGAUCAGUUUCGCAUUUCACGAACGAAAAAGAAACUGUUCUCCUAGGCAGUACAGACACUUGGAUUAUAUAUCUCAAUUCACCACAGACAUCCGACACAUUUCUGGCAAGGACAAUGUUGUUGCCGACACUUUGUCCCGGGUUGAAGUUUUGGAAGCUCCGAUAGACCUCGAAGCUUUAGCAAAAAGUCAGGUUUCUGAUCCCGAGUUAGAAAAGCUUAUCCGAGAAGGCUCUUCACUGCGUCUUGAAAAAUUAACCAUACCUGGAAGCCGUAUUUCAUUAUACUGUGAUGUCAGUACACCGACUUCCAGGCCGUUCGUGACAAAGUUUUUUCGGAAGCAAGUAUUUGAUAGCUUACAUUCCUUAAGUCACCCAGGCGCAAAUGCUACUGCUAAAUUAGUAUCCGAGAGAUUUGUUUGGCCGAACGUUAGGAAGAACUGUCGUGAAUGGGCUAAAAGUUGCUUAUCAUGCCAACGAUCCAAAGUAAGUCGACAUGUUACAACCCCACUUGGUACAUUUAAGCUACCUCGUGCACGUUUUAAACAGAUCCAUAUAGAUUUAGUCGGACCGUUACCACUAUCGGAGGGCUACCGCUAUUGUUUAACGUGUGUCGAUCGUUUUACACGUUGGCCCGAAGUCGUCCCAAUUACCAACAUAACAGCAGAAACAGUCGCUAAGGCAUUGCUGUCUUGUUGGAUAUCUUGA